AUGGGCCACAGGGUGUGCGAAGUCCCAGCCGCGGCGUUGAAUGAUGUGGCACGGGAACUUAACCUGCCCGUGAUGUACAGAGGCGUGACGUUCAUCAUGUGCUCCGCCCCGUGGGAUUCGAAAGGAGUGUCGCCGGUCCUGUCCGAAGGUGAGCACGUGCAGCCCGGGGCGCGAGGCGAGCACGUGCAGCCCGGUCUCCCGGGGCAGUCGGAGCGGCAGCCCUGCGAGCGUGAGCGAGGUGAGGGCGCGCGAGCGCGCUGGACGCAGGACAAGCCGGCGCGCGCUCCCGCUGCAGGGGCGAUGGCGCAGCGGGUCGAGAUGCUCGGCGCACGGGGUGGGCGCGGAGGCCAGCGGCGCGUGCUGAUGUUUGUCCGCUCCCCACAGCUCGCCGUCGACCUGGUGGCUGGCGCCCGAGGCGUCGCCCGAGCCGCCGCCCGCGCGGGCGUGACGGCUCGGAGUUGGGAGCUGAAGGUGCAGGCCAGAGCCUUCCGACACCAGCCAGCACGCCAGAACCGGCGGGUGUGGCAAGUGCGGACGUUGGCUGCAGUCUCGGUCCUGGGUGGGCCGGCGGCGUGCGGCAGGCAGGGCUCGAGACCACCGUCGUCGCUCGCGUCUCGGUGGGUCCGCGGGCGCUCGGGGCGACACCUGAGCGGGCCUGCGCUCGGGAGAGCGCCCGGGCAGUCGCGCUUCCUGCCCCGGCUGCUCCUGGGGUCGCGGGCCAACGGCCCAGGCACGGCCAGCCCGGUGACCGGUGAUCUCGGCACGGGCUGCGUCUGCCAGCGGCGUGCCCCCGACGUGCCACUGGGCCUCGAGGUGUGCGGCGACGACGGCCACCCUGGCCUCACGGUCAGGGCCGUCAGGCCGGGUGGCGCGGUGGAGGCCUGGAACCGGCAGAUGCCGGCCGGGGAUCGGCGGGAAGUCCGGGUCGGCGACCACAUCGUCAAGGUGAACGACGCGCAGGACGCGAAGGAUAUGCGAGACGAGUGCGUCAGAGCGACCCUGCUCAGGACGAUAGUUGUCGUGCACCCUGCGGCCGAGCCCACCGCCUGCUUCAUCUAG